CUCCCCGCUCGACGUCGUGGACCAGUACACACAGCUCAUCGGCCGCCCUGCCCCCAUGCCCUACUGGUCAUUCGGGUUCCACCAGUCUAGGUAUGGCUACAAGAACGUGGCUGAUCUGGAUGGCGUGGUCGCCGGCUACGCCAAGGCCAGGAUCCCACUGGAGGCGAUCUGGUCGGACAUCGACUACAUGGACGGUUACCAGGACUUCACGCUGGAUCCGGUGAACUACCCGUCCAAGCAGCUCCGGCCAUUCGUGGACCGGCUCCACAACAAUGGCCAGAAAUACGUGGUCACCGUACACCCGGCUAUCAAACGGCAAGCAGCACCUCACGAGGACUUGUUCCUCAAGCGAAACGGCGCCAACCUGGUAGGCGAGGCGUGGCCAGGCGAGGUCUACUUCCUGGACUUCAUGAGCCCACGUAGCACCCAGUACUGGGCACGAAAGAUCUCUGAGUUUCGGCGGACCAUCCCUGUGGAUGGGCUCUGGUGCGACAUUAACGAGCCCUCCAACUUCAAGCAGUGGCAGCCUCUCAAUCAGUUGGACGACCCGCCCUACCGCAUCAACAACUCCGGCUUCCACCUUCCCAUCAACUACAGGACUGUGCCGGUCUCAACGGUGCACUACAACGGCGUGUCCGAGUACGACGCGCACAAUCUCUUCGGCCUCCUCCAGGCGCAGGCCACGCACGCCGGGCUGCUCAGGGACACCACACGCCGCCCCUUCGUGCUCAGCCGCUCUACCUUUGUCGGCUCCGGCCGUUACGCCGCGCACUGGGCCGGCAACAAUGUCGCGCGGUGGGACGAGCUUGCGCAAUCCAUCAACACCAUCCUCAACUUUGGCCUUUUCGGCAUCCCAAUGAUGGGCGCCGACACCUGUGGCUUCAACGGCAACACCACCCAGGAGCUCUGCAGCCGCUGGAUUCAGCUUGGCGCAUUCUACCCGUUCGCCAGGGCCCACGCAGAGAAGACAACCCUCCGGCGAGAGCUCUAUGUGUGGGAGCCGACGGCACGGUCGGCGAGGAAAGCGUUGGGGAUGCGCUAUCGGCUACUGCCCUACAUGUACACGCUAAUGUACGAGGCGCACAUGACGGGGGCGCCCAUCGCGCGGCCACUCUUCUUCUCCUACCCGCAGGAUGCCGACACCUAUGGCGUGGACAGGCAGUUCAUGCUAGGCCGCGGCGUGCUUGUCUCUCCGGUGCUACAGCCCGGCGCCACCACCGUGGACGCCUAUUUCCCGGCCGGCCGGUGGUUCAGUCUUUACGACUACUCCCUCGCCUACACCAUGAAGGUCGGCAAGCGCGUGACCCUCCCGGCGCCAGCGGACUUGGCAAACGCGCACCUGGCCGGCGGCAACAUCCUACUACUGCAGCAUGCCGACCUCACCACGUCCGCUGCACGCCAAAGCGAGUUCCACCUCCUUGUGGCGCUCGCGGAGAAUGGGACGGCCAGUGGGGAGCUGUUCUUGGAUGACGGCGACUCGCCGGAGAUGGGCGCUGUGGGAGGCAGUUGGACCCUGGUGAGAUUCAGCUGCGACAGGGAGGAAAGCAAAGGCAUGGUCACCACCAAGGUGAGUUCACAUGUGGUUCAGAACUCAUACGCGCCGAGUCGGGCGCAGGUCAUCGGCAAGGUGGUCUUCAUGGGGCUGCCGUCCGCACCAAAGAGCUUCGCUAUCUAUGUAAACAGCGUGCAGCUCAAGGCAGCCCGCACCAAGUCCCGGACGAGUGGAGUCUUCAGCGUCAGUGGCCUGUCGCUGGCAAUCGGACAGAAGUUUGAGAUAAAGCUUGUCAUGUCCCAUUAG